AUGGCUAUAUUCGUCAUAUACGUCACUUUGAAAAAAAUUAAUGUUAAUUACGUCACUUUGGCAGCUAUAAGCGUUAAUUACGUCACUUUGGUAACAAUACGCGUAAAUUACGUCACUUUGGCAAUCAUAUACGUUAAUUACGUAACUUUGGUGGCCAUAGUCGUAACUUAUGUUACUUUGGCGACUAGAAGCGUCUGUUACGUCACUUUGGCGGCAAUAAGUGUCACUUACGUCAGUUUGGCAGCAAUACGCGUCAAUUACGUCACUUUGGUAACAAUACGCGUCAAUUACGUCACUUUGCCAGCCAAAUGCGUCAAUUACGUUACUUUCGCGGUCAUAGGCGUGAAUUACGUCACUAUAGCAGCCAUACUCGUCAUAUACGUCACUUUUGCAACCAUAGGCGUCAAUUACGUCACUUUGGCAGCUAUAAGCGUUAAUUACGUCACUUUGGCGGCUAUAAGCGUUAAUUACGUCACUUUGCUAACAAUACGCGUAAAUUACGUUAUUUUGACCGCCGUAGGCGUCAUUUACGUAAGUUUUUUUAACCGCGUGAAUUACGUCACUUUGGCUGCCAUAGGCGUCAAUUACGUCAAUUUGGCGGUCAUAACCAUUACUUUUGUCAUUUUAGCAGCUAUAAGUGUCAUUUACAUCACUAUGGCGGCUAUAAACGUAACUUACGUCACUUCAACAAUUAUAAACGUCACUUACGUCAUUUUGGCGGUUAUAGGCGUUAAUUACGUCAUUUUGGCAACAAUAGGCAUAAAUUACGUAUUUUUAGCGCCCAUAGGCGUCAAAUACGUGACUUUGGCGGUUAUAAGCGUCAAUUACGUUAUUUCGGUAACCAUAUACGUGAAUUACGUUACUUUGGCGGCCAUAGGCGUCAAUCACGUCAUUUUGGCUGCCAUAAGCGUCAAAUACGUCACUUUGGCGGCCAUAGGCGUAACAUUCGUCACUUUUGCAGCCAUAAGCAUAACUUAUGUCAUUAUGGCGGUUAUAGGCGUCAUUUAUGGCAGCCAAAGUGACGUAAUUCACGUAUAUGGUUACUGA